CAACUGUUCAACUGCAAUUGAGAUCUAGAAUGGAAGUUCUCCUUCAUCUUUUGAUCAAUUGAAAUCUCUCUCUUUCUCUCAUGGAAGUGAUAAUGAGAUCUCGGCCGAUCAUCUUCCUCGUGGUGUCGUUCCUCAUUGGCUUCUUUUUUCUCCAACCGGUGCUCUCCUCCGUAGCGGCGAGGAGCGAUGAUGGGCAUACUAUUAAUGGUCGUGUGAAGAUACCGGGUGUCCUUUCAGGAAAACUCUCAGAUGUUAAGGUUAUCCUUAAUGGUGGCAAAAGAGUAUCUUUUCUCAGCACUGAUGGUUAUUUUUCAUUCAAUGAUAUUCCAGCUGGUACUCAUCUCAUUGAAGUGAAUGCAAUCGGUUAUUUCUUUUCUCCUGUUCGUGUGGAUGUCAGUGCUAGAUAUCCCAGUAAGGUUAAGGCUGCACUCACUGAGAACAGGAAGGGUCUAAAUGAGUUGGUUUUGGAACCAAUGAACGAAGAACACUACUUCGAGAUAAGGGAGCCAUUUUCGAUAAUGUCUGUUGUUAAAAGCCCAAUGGGAUUGAUGAUUGGAUUCAUGAUGAUCGUGAUGUUUGUGAUGCCGAAGAUGAUAGAGAAUAUUGAUCCUGAAGAGGUGAAAAAAGCACACGAGGAGAUGAGAAAUCAAGGGGUCCCUUUCUCUAGCUUGCUUAAUGGAGCAGCUGGAUCUGCAUUGAGCUAGCUUUCACACAUUGGUUCAACCCUCUAUUCAACAUUGGGUUUUAACUUAAUCUUUAUUCGAAUCCACGAUUUUGCGGAUAAAAUUUAAAUAUUUGUAUUCUUCCAUAUGAAUAUAUAUUUAUUUGGUGAAUGCAAAUAAAAAAUAAGGUGCUUGAAUAUGA